AUGUCGUCUAGCAAGAAAGUCCUCAUCAUCGGCCCAGGCUUCAUCGGCUGGAACGUACUCGACCUUCUAGUCAAAGAGAGCUACACAGUAACCGGCUAUGCUCGCCGUCAAGCACAUGCGAAUGGCCUCAAGGCCUCCGGAGCUUCGGAAGUAGUAUUGGGAGACCUGAACGACCGCAGCAAGAUCACAGAUCUGGUCAAGCAACACGAUAUCAUCAUCCACACUGCCACUGCAGACCACCUGCCUUCAGUCGAGGCUGUCUUGGAUGGCCUUCGAGCGAUUGUGAAUGAUGGGAAGGGCCAAGGUCGGAUCUUCAUUCAUACCUCCGGAACGAGUGUGUUCGACGAUGGAGCUAUGGGCAAGUUCAAGAGUGACAAAAUCUACCGCGAUGACCGGCCUGAGGAGGUUGACGAAGUAUCUGAUGAUGCGUUGCAUAGAGAGAUUGACUUGGCAAUCUUGAAGGCGGCGAAGGGCGAUCUGGGCAAGACGGUCCGGAUCGCUCUUAUGAUCCCACCGCUUAUCUAUGGAUGGACGCACGAUCGAGGAACAAUCCAACUACCGACUCUAACCCGCUUUUCACUCAAGCAUGGCUUUGUGCCCAUCAUAGGCCCUGGCCUUGGAGUCGAAUCCAACAUCCACGUUCUUGACCUGGCCAAGGGUUACAUUACUCUCCUCCACAGCCUCGAGAAAGCCACACCUCAGACUGCGAACGAGAACAUCUAUUACUUUUGCGAGUGUACUGGAAACCACGAGCUGUCCUGGUACGACUACUCGAAGCUGAUCGCCGAAAGUCUGCACUCGGCUGGCAAGAUCAAGGAUCCAGAACCCCAAACGUUGAAAGAUGAAGCGCUGUGGGGUGAUCUGUUUGGCAGCGUGACGCCUGGGAUCGUUGGAGUGAACUCGAGGAGUCGAGCAGUGAGGCUGCAGGCGUUGGGAUGGCGGCCGACGGAGAAGGAUUGGAAACGGAGUUAUGUGGAGGAUGAGUUGCCUAACAUUCUGAAGGCCACUUGA